AUGCCCUUUGCGCAGCUUGUUCUCGGAAGCCCCGGCGCGGGAAAGAGUACCUACUGCGAUGGCAUGCACCAGUUCAUGGGCGCCAUCGGGCGUGCGUGCUCCGUCGUGAACCUCGACCCUGCCAACGACCACACAAACUACCCUUGCGCUCUCGACAUUCGCGACCUGGUUAAGCUGGAGGAUAUCAUGCGCGAAGAUCGCCUGGGCCCCAACGGCGGCAUCCUGUAUGCUCUCGAAGAGCUCGAGAACAACUACGAGUGGCUGGAAGAAGGGCUGAAAGAGUUUGGGGAGGACUACAUCUUGUUCGACUGUCCCGGUCAGGUCGAGCUCUACACACAUCACAACUCAUUAAGAAAUAUAUUUUACAAGCUCCAGAAGAUUGGAUUCAGAUUUGUCUGUGUACAUCUCUCCGAUUCCUUUUGCCUUACACAGCCAUCCCUCUACGUCUCCAACGUCCUCCUCUCCCUCCGAGCCAUGAUCCAGAUGGACAUGCCACACAUCAACGUGCUUUCUAAAAUCGACAAGAUAGCGUCAUACGACGAGUUGCCGUUCAACCUGGAAUACUAUACCGAUGUCGACGACCUAACGCAUCUCACGCCAUUCCUCGAGGCGGAGUCCCCAGGAAUGCGAAACGAAAAGUUUGGCCGCCUGCACGAAGCGAUAGCACACAUGAUUGAAAGCUACGGCCUGGUGCGGUAUGAGGUGCUGGCGGUGGAGAAUAAGAAGAGCAUGAUGUAUUUGCUCCGUGUCAUCGAUCGCGCAGGCGGUUAUGUAUUCGGAGGCGCUGAAGGCGCCAAUGACACAGUAUGGGCGGUUGCCAUGAGGAAUGAAGCGUCCAUGAUGGAUGUGCAAGACAUCCAGGAGCGGUGGAUCGACCACAAGGACGAAUAUGACCGUCUUGAGCAAGAGGCCGAGGAGGAGGAGCAGAGGAGGGUACAGGAGGAGCACGGAAUGGAGGUGGACGAGCCACAACCCGCUCCCCCGGCCGCAGAGGCAGAGAUGGACCCGGACUUUGGCGACAUGACGAUACCAGACGAUAUCGGUGUCCGGGUAGUGAGAAAGAAGUAA